UUAAACUGAGCUGCCAUGGCCAGCCAGGCCACCCCUUUGUUUCUCCACGGCUUCGAACUCAGCGGACACUUUGUCGACCCCCGACCUCUUGGCACUGGUGUCACUGGCCUGGUCCUGUCCGCUGUCGACCAGCGAACCGGGCAGCGAGUAGCUAUUAAAAAGCUGGCGAUGCGAGAUGCAGUCACGGUGAAGCAUGCUCUGCGGGAGGUGAAAAUCACCCAACGACUCCACCACGAAAACGUAGUACGGGUCCACGAGGUUUUAGCCCCGUACGGAUGGCCGCUGCCCCGGGACCCGUCCCAGCUCAGUGCUCUGUACAUCAUCCAGGAGUGCAUGGAGACCGAUUUGGCCCGGUUACUGGACCAGGGACCACUACCUACAAGUCAUGCCACUCUGCUGUUUUAUCAGCUGCUGAGGGGACUAAAGUUCAUCCACUCGGCUAACGUCCUGCACCGAGACCUAAAGCCUGCCAACAUUUUCAUCAACACGGACCAAAUGCUACUCAAAAUCGGUGACUUUGGACUUGCCAGAAUAGUUGAUCCCCAUUACUCUCAUAAGGGCUAUCUGUCUGAGGGUUUGGUGACUAAGUGGUACCGAUCCCCCCGUCUGCUCCUGUCCCCCAACAACUACACCAAGGCCAUCGACAUGUGGGCUGCCGGCUGCAUACUGGCCGAGAUGCUCACUGGACGCAUGCUGUUUGCAGGAGCUCACGAGCUGGAACAGAUGCAGCUGAUUCUCGACACGGUGCCCGUGCUGAGAGAGGAGGACAGGCAGGAUCUUCUACAGGUGAUGCCUUCAUAUGUCAGUCAUGGAUGGAGAGUUAAGAUACCCUUCUCCGAGUUGCUGCCUGAAGUGGAUCCUUGCGCGGUGGACUUUCUCGAGCGCAUCUUGACAUUUAACCCCAUGGAUCGCCUGACAGCGGAGGAAGCUCUGUCCCAUCCGUUCCUUCAGCAGUACUCCUGUCCCGAGGAUGAGCCCGUCUCAUCACACCCUUUCCACAUUGAGGAUGAGCUGGACAGCCUCAACACCGAGCAGAGCCUGAGCAGCAGCGACAGUCAGGCCUCCAGCUUUAAUUGGGAAAGGUGCGAUAACAGUUCAUCAACCAGCAUAUGGGCACCGUACUCAGGCGAGAGGUGCCAGUGCAUGCCCUCUGGUCCUAUUCCAUCUGACCUGGGGGACACCACAGACACUGAGGAGGUGCGGAGGGACCCCAGGGCCAGUUCCAGCUCCCUGACAGAAGAAGCUCAGGUUGACCCCCGCAAAUAUUCCCAUAGCAGUUCAGCAGAGCGCUUCCUGGAGAGCUCUCACUCCUCUCUGGAACGGGUUUGUGCUUUGGGGUACGGGGAGCUUGAUUGCGGCCGCUCCUGUGAUUACAAAGUGGGCUCCCCUUCAUAUCUGGAUAAAAUCGCAUGGCGUGAGGGAAAGCCUCAGCACUACUCGGAGCCUAAGCUGAUUCUGGAUCUCUCUCACUGGAAGCACAACACCGGCAGACUCCCCGUGCCCGCCGAACCCAUUGGUGGCAGCAUAGAGGACCUUGGAGAGGGGAAAGAAGAGGAAGCAGAGGAAGGAGAGGAGGAAACGGGGGAUUUGUUCCAGGAAAUCACUCGCUGGGUGGAGAGCGCUCAUUCUCGUCUGCACUCGCCUAGUACCAGUCCAUCAAUGGGGCACUGCUCGCCCUCCUGCUACACCUCCUCCCCCCCUCUUCCGCUCUCUCCUACUGACCUCCCAACUCCUGUCUUCCACUACGACGAACAAAUCCAACUCCCAUCAGUUGAGUAUGUCGAGGACAGACUGAGCCCCCUCCCUUCCAUCACAUCUUCCUCCACUACCCUUCCCUUUCUCUUUCCAUCAUCUCCCACCGCUAUAUUUUCACCUCAGACAGCAUCGCCGCCCCCAACUCCGUUUGUGCAGCUCCCGGAGUCUCAACCGCUGUCCUCUACCUCCUCUAUUUCCCCGUCCCACAAUGCUGACUCCACAGAGUCUCUGCCGGUCAAGCAAAAGGACCGUUUGUUUGACCUGGAUGUGUUCAUAUCCCGAGCUCUGAAGCUGGUCCGGCAGAAUAAAGAGAAAGUCCACGCGAAGAAAGGAAAAGAUGAAGGUUGGAUGCAGGAGAGCAAAACGGCAAACAUUAAAGGGAAGGUGCCCCGGCUUUCAGAGCACAGGACUUCCCCAUCACAGACUCCCAACUCCUAAUGUCGCAAUUCAGUACAAGGUUCAGCACAAUAAUUACUAGAAAACUAGUCACUCUUCCAAAUAUACCGCAAAUGAGGGGUGUUCUGCAUUCUACCGUAGCAACUUGAAUUUUUAGUCCUUAAAUUGCUUCGUUUUUUGUGACAAAUCUGUUAAAAAAAAAACAAUUGUGCAGCUUUGUUUGGAAGGGUCCUCAGGCGGUCAAAGCUCAGAAGGAACUUGAGUAAAUAUGAGUCAUCACACUUGGCUCUGAAAAUACAAAACAUUUGCCCAGUCUGAGCAUAAAGUUUUAGUAUGCUUCUGCUAUAUGCCUGUUCCUAUAGGCAGGGGUGUCAUAAAGGGGGAAAAUUUUACAAUCCUGAAGGUCCCUGACUGUCAAGGGCACCAAAACAGAAAUUGUACACAUAUCAUUGUGAGCUUUUGAGAUGAUUUAGAUUUUUUUUUGGAUGGGGCCCAUAAUUGUCGGCAGUGCCCCUGCCUAUAGAUAGCCAUGUUACCUUUUAAUCAUACAAUACAUGAUGGUAACUUAACGGUGCGUUCUCUUUUCACCCGAACUAGGAUUUCCUGAGUUCCCAGUUGGAAACACGACAAGACCAGGAAAGUUAGAGGUCUCAUGGUGCAUUUAAUUUGUUUUAGAAGUCAAAGCUCACUCCUGAGUCGGAUAAACACGAAUGGCCCCAUGCAGCAACACUCUGUUUAUGAACAUCUUUACUAUUUAAAUGCAUAGAGAGAAAUGCCUUGUUUUAAGCUUGUAAAGAUGUGACAAAAUGCCAGGAUUCAAGCUGCAACUUCUGAGGAAAAGUGAAUGAACCAUUAUACUUGUCACACACAAAAAAUUCAAGUAAUUAUUAGCAGCAGUUUUAAGCAGACUCCCAUCAUGCGUUGGAAGCUUGCUUUAAAUGUCUUUCUAAACUCCAUCCUGUGAAAUCUUGAAAGAAUCUGACGGUCUUCCGAUUUUUACCAAAUGAUGACAGUAACACACUAAAAGUUUUUUUCUAAGCCUCUGAAUGUAAUCACUGAGAAGACAGUCAGUGCGAGUGUGACAUGGCAAGCUGUCAGGAUUUUAUUUAUUGCUGCUCUAACACUCCCACAGUCACAUACUGAAUUUUGACAACAGAAACUUCAAUAAAGUUUGGUUUCUAUUUGUUUUUCCAGUACAUGUAAUAUAUCUCUAGACCUUUUUGUGGCUAAAAUACUUCUGUGAUAUUUUCUAAAUAUUAGAACACAUGUAAUGAAUUUGGAGUUAGCUUGGAUCUUGUUUGAAAAUGAAAUGCUUUGUGGUUGUUCUUUAUGAUUCUCCUGCCAGCUGGACUAGUUUUUAAUCGCAAGUGCUCGUUUUCUGCUUGAUGAACCAAAUCUGUUCCACACUGUUCUUCCACAGCCGCGAGCCUAUAUGGCUUUCUGCUCACCUUAAUGUUAACAAUAGAAAGCUUUAACACAAACAACACUCAUCUGUAUUUUUUUUUAAUGUACAAGUCUUCUAAUUAGCCCUAUUCAUAAGGUGAAGUGUUUUCUGAAUCGUCUUGUUUUCAGUAUGCUGUUAUUGUACAUUCUUAUGUUUUAUUAUUAAUAUUUUGGCAGUUAAUUUCUAUCAGCCAAGUCAACCACACUGGAGGACAUAAAGCAUCCUACACAGUUACUGGCAACCCCCUUAAAAUAAAACAUUUUCUAUUCAAGCGA